CGGCGAGGCCGCGCAGGUCGACCCGCGCCGCAGCGGCCGGAGAUGCAGCGGGGUGCCGCGCUGUGCCUGCGCCUGUGGCUCUGCCUCGAACUGCUCCACAGCGAGCGCGGCCUGGUGCGUGGCUACUCCAUGACCCCCCCAACUCUGAACAUCACAGAGGAGACACACAUCAUUGACUCCGGGGACAACCUGUCCAUCUCCUGCAGGGGGCAGCACCCCCUCCAGUGGGCCUGGCCAGCCACGGGAAAAGGGGCUGAGGAAGUGCCAGCCACGGGGAAGGACAGCGAAGACACAGGGUUAGUUCAAGACUGCGAGGGCACAGAUGCCAAGCCCUACUGUAAGGUGCUGCUGCUUCCUGAAGCCCAUGCCAACGACACCGGCAGCUACAGCUGCUACUACAAGUACAUCAAGGCCCGCAUCGAGGGCACCACAGCGGCCAGCACCUACGUGUUCGUGAGAGACUUGAAGCAGCCAUUCAUCAAUAAACCGGCCACACUCCUGGUCAACAGGAAGGACUCCGUGUGGGUGCCCUGCCUGGUGUCCACCCCCGGCCUCAACGUCACGCUGCGUUCGCAAAGCUCGGUGCUGCAGCCUGACGGGCGGGACGUGGUAUGGGACGACCGCCUGGGCAUGCGGGUGCCCACCCCGCUGCUGCGUGAGGCCCUGUAUGUGCACUGCAAGACCACCUGGGGCGGCCAGACCUUCUACUCCAACCCAUUCAUCGUGCACAUCACAGGCAACGAGCUCUAUGACAUCCAGCUGUUCCCCAAAAAGUCGACGGAGCUGCUAGUGGGGGAGAAGCUGGUCCUGAACUGCACCGUGUGGGCUGAGUUCAACUCUGGCGUCACCUUCGACUGGGACUACCCAGGGAAGCAGGCCGAGCGAGGGAAGUGGGUGCCAGAGCGGCGCACCCAGCAGACUCACACAGAGCUCUCCAGCAUCCUGACCAUCCACAACGUCAGCCAGCAGGACCUGGGCACCUACACGUGCAAGGCCAACAAUGGCAUCCACCUGUUCCAGGACAGCACCGAGGUCAUCGUGCACGAAAAGCCCUUCAUCAGCGUCGAGUGGCUCAAAGGUCCCAUCUUGGAAGCCACUGCCGGAGACACACUGGUGAAGCUGCCUGUGAAGCUGGCAGCGUACCCCCCACCGGAGUUCCAAUGGUACAAGGACAGGAAGGCUGUGCCGGGGCGCCAUAGUCCGCAUGCCCUGGUGCUCAAGGAGGUGACCGAGGCCAGCGCCGGCAUCUACACCCUUGCCCUGCGGAACUCUGUGGCCGGCCUGAAGUGCAACAUCAGUCUGGAACUGGUGGUGAAUGUGCCCCCCAGCAUCCACGAGAAGGAGGCCUCUUCCCCGAGCAUCUAUUCCCACCGCAGCCGCCAGGCCCUCACCUGCACUGCCCACGGGGUGCCCCCUCCUCUCAGCGUGCAGUGGCACUGGAGGCCAUGGACACCCUGCAAGACCUUCGCCCAGCGCAGCCUCAGCCGGCGGCAGCAGCGGGACCGCAUGCUGCAGUGCCGGGACUGGAGGGAGGUGACCACACAGGACGCUGUGAACCCCAUCGAGAGCCUGGACUCCUGGACCGAGUUUGUGGAGGGGAAGAACAAGACGGUGAGCAAGCUGGUGAUCCAGUACGCCAACAUGUCUGCCAUGUACAAGUGCGUGGUCUUCAACAAGGUGGGCCAGGACGAGCGGCUCAUCUACUUCUACGUGACCACCAUCCCCGACGGCUUCAGCAUCCAAUCGGAGCCAUCGGAAGAGCCCCUGGAGGGCCAGGCGGUGCGCCUCAGCUGCCAGGCAGACAACUACACUUACGAGCAUCUGCGCUGGUACCGCCUCAACCUGUCCACGCUGCACGACGCACACGGGAACCCCCUGAUGCUCGACUGCAAGAACGUGCACCUGUUUGCCACACCACUGGCCGCCAGCCUGGAGGAGGCAGCGCCCGGGGCGCGCCACACCACGCUCAGUCUGAUCAUCCCCCGUGUGGCGCCCGAACACGAGGGCGACUACGUGUGCGAGGUGCAGGACCGGCACAGCCAGGACAAGCACUGCCACAAGAAGUACCUGUCGGUGCAGGCCCUGGAAGCCCCGAAGCUUGCACAGAACUUGACUGACCUCCUGGUGAACGUGAGCGACUCCUUGGAGAUGCGGUGCCGGGUGGCUGGGACACACGUGCCCAGCAUCUUGUGGUACAAAGAUGAGAGACUGCUGGAGGAAGAGUCCGGAAUCGAUUUGGCGGACUCGAACCAGAAGCUGAGCAUCCAGCGCGUGCGUGAGGAGGACGCGGGCCGCUACCUGUGCAGCGUGUGUAACGCCAAGGGUUGCGUCAACUCUUCUGCCAGCGUGGCCGUGGAAGGCUCCGACGAUAAAGGCAGCAUGGAGAUAGUGAUCCUCGUUGGCACCGGGGUCAUCGCCGUCUUCUUCUGGGUCCUCCUCCUCGUCAUUUUCUGUAACAUGAGGAGGCCAGCCCACGCUGACAUCAAGACCGGCUACCUGUCCAUCAUCAUGGACCCCGGGGAGGUGCCCCUGGAGGAGCAGUGCGAAUACCUGUCCUACGAUGCAAGCCAGUGGGAGUUUCCCCGGGACCGGCUGCACCUCGGGAGAGUGCUGGGCCACGGGGCCUUCGGGAAGGUGGUGGAAGCCUCCGCUUUCGGAAUCAACAAAGGCAGCAGCUGUGACACUGUGGCCGUGAAAAUGCUGAAAGAGGGCGCCACCGCUAGCGAGCACCGCGCGCUGAUGUCUGAGCUAAAGAUCCUAAUCCACAUUGGCAACCACCUCAACGUGGUCAACCUCUUAGGGGCGUGCACCAAGCCUAACGGGCCCCUCAUGGUGAUCGUGGAGUUCUGCAAAUACGGCAACCUCUCCAACUUUUUACGCGCCAAGAGGGAGGCCUUCAGCCCCUAUGCGGAGAAAUCCUCCGAGCAGCGAAGGCGCUUCCGUGCCAUGGUGGCAGGCGCUCGAGCUGACAGGCGGCAACCCAGGAGCAGUGAAAGGGCACUUUUUACGAGGCUGCUGACGGGCAAGGGCAGGGCGGAGCGGGACCCUCCGGCCCCAGAAGCCGAGGACCUAUGGCUGAGCCCGCUGACCAUGGAAGACCUUGUCUGCUACAGUUUCCAGGUGGCUCGAGGCAUGGAGUUCCUGGCCUCCCGCAAGUGUAUCCACAGAGACCUGGCUGCUCGGAACAUCUUGCUGUCAGAGAGCGACGUGGUCAAGAUCUGCGACUUCGGCCUGGCCCGGGACAUCUACAAGGACCCCGACUAUGUGCGCAAAGGCAGCGCCCGGCUGCCCCUGAAGUGGAUGGCUCCCGAGAGCAUCUUCGACAAGGUGUACACCACACAGAGCGAUGUGUGGUCCUUUGGGGUGCUGCUCUGGGAGAUUUUCUCCCUGGGAGCCUCCCCAUACCCUGGGGUGCAGAUCAACGAGGAGUUUUGCCAGCAGCUGAAAGAGGGCACCCGGAUGAAGGCCCCAGAACUGGCCUCUCCUGCCAUACGCCGCAUCAUGCUGAGCUGCUGGUCUGGAGACCCCAGAGAGCGGCCUGCGUUCUCCGAGCUGGUGGAGAUGCUGGGGGACCUGCUUCUGAGCGGAGGCCCACAGGAGGAGGAAGAGGAGGUCCACGAGGCGCCCUGCAGCUUGAGCCUAGAGGAAGGCAGCUUCUGGCAGGCGUCCACCACUGCCCUGCACACUGUGAAGGCUGAGGCUGCUGAGGAGGCCAGCUGGCCGACCCCACUCCAGCACAGCGUAGCCGCCAGAUACUACAAUUGUGUGGCUUUUCCCGGGAGCCUGGCCAGAGGGGCGCAGACCCAGGGCGCCUCCAGGAUGAAGACAUUUGAAGAAUUUCCCAUGACCCCAACAACCUACAAGGCCUCCGCGGACAACCAGACAGACAGCGGCAUGGUGUUGGCUUCUGAGGAGCUUGAGCAGCUGGAGAGCAGGCACACAGAAGCAGCCGGGCUCAGCAGCUGUAAAGGAGCCAGCUGGAAUGUGACCAUGGCACACCCUGACCCCCAGGGGCGGCGGCGGCGGCCCCACCAGGGGGCACUGGGAGGCCAGGUGUUCUGUAACAGCGAGUACGGGGAGCUGGCAGGGCCGCCCCGGGAGGGCGACUGCACCCCAUUGGCCCACUCGCCCUUCUCCGCAGACAGCAGCUACUAAGAAGGCUCUGGCGAAGCCCCCGGGGCCCCAGGUGCCCACUGUGCAGGCCCGGCAGGGCGGUGGGGGGCUGGAGGCUGGGGCUGAGCCCACAUCUCCUUUGGUUUUGCUGGGAGGCGUCUCCACCUCCCUGGCUACCUCUUCCUAGCUAUGCAGAGCAAAACCCAGGCUCCGGGGCUCCCAGAACCCCACCACCACACCUGCCCAAAACUUCUGCAUGGACCCUCCAGACCCUUCUCCCCUUCCUAUCAGAUUCCCUGUAGCUCAACGUCCACGGGGCCCAGUCCCGGGUCAGGCACGCCCAAGAGAGUGGCCCUUUGAUUGCCUCGCCCACACUGGGGGCGGUGGCAUGAUCCCCACUUCUGAUGAGGAGGAUCCGACAGUCACAGAUCAUGAGGGCAAAGCUCUGGCCUCCCAGCCCCUCCCCAAGGCCUCAGCCCCAAGCAGCCCUUCCGCCCGUCCCCUGGGGGGGCCCUUCUUCACUUGCCCUCGCAGGGCUGCAGCGAGGAUGCCGGGUCCCCUCUCAAAGCACCGGUGAGGAAUUGUGUGUAUGUCGGGGGGGGGGGGGUCCUCUCCUGAGCCCCCAAGCAGCUCAGUCACAGCGCACCCUCCCGGCGGGCGAGGAUGAUUCUGCAGAUUGUUUUCAUUAGAACUUGAGAAACUGAGCUGCUGUGAAGAAUUCGCUUUUCAAAACUUCCGUCUGAAGGAAACCCAGGGAAGUUCGUUCCGAAUCCGGAUGAUCCUCAACCCCAAACCCCAGUUGGUGCUGACACAGCAGACGCAGCCGCAGUGCCUCUGGAGAAGGGUCGGCCCCGCCUGCCCACCUGGCCCAGGACCGCAAGCAGCAGCAGACAGAUAGAUGGGCUAGAGCAGCCCCGUUCGAAAAAUCGCUUGGUUCUUCCCUCGGGGUCCUGGGCCCGCCACGGAGCACCUCCCAAGCUGUGAAGGUCCUUCUGAGAGGUGACCACCGAGCAGGCUUCCAGGCUGCCCCAGAGGCCCCCCGGCGCUGCUCCUUGCCACCAGGCAAUCAGCAAUGUUCAUGUGGCCUCCAGGGGACCCUGUCUUCUGCUCCUGGUGUCUGCCUGACAUCGGCGCCCCGCCACUCAAACCUCUGUUGUCAGGAAGGAGCAGCCAAAGAUCCUCUGGAGGCUGGAGCCAUUCUGCUCCACACCCCACCCCAGCUCACACUGCCCAGCCCCCUGCACCCCC